UACCUGUCUUCAUCUCACCGCCUACGCCUCCGUGAGCCGUACCCCUCCGCGCUGGCCUUCCCAUUGGCUGCCCGCCCCUUCAGGCCCUGCCCCCGCCGGUCCCGCCGCCGGUGCCGUCGGUGCCGCCGCCGCCGCCGAUAUGGCGCGUACGGCCCCUGUGGAGCCCCCGCUGCGGCAUUCCGCGCCCCCCUCGCCGGCCGCGGGUGAGCCCCGCACCUCGGUCGAGGCGGCGGUGGCCCCGCGGAGGGUGCUGUUCGCCGACGAGGCCCUGGGGCUGCCGCUGGCGCAGCUGCGCCGCUACCGGCCAUGGGGCGGGCCCGGGGCGGGCAAGAUGGCGGCGGCGGCCGGGCAAGAUGGCGGCGGCGGCGGGGCCGACGAGGACGACGAUGGCGAGGAUGGGGAUGAAGGGGAGGAGGAAGAGGAGGCUUGCCCCGAGCCCUCGCCGCUGUGCCCUGUCCCCGCUGACGGGGGGUUUUACCUGGUCCCCACAUUUUCGCUGCCGCCCGCGCCGGGCCGUCUGGAGCGCUUGGGGCGCGUCAUGGUGGAGCUGGAGGCGCUGCUGCCGCCUCCCGGAGCGGUUCCCGGGGGUGCCGGGGUGUGGGUGCCGGGGGGCCGCCCGCCGGUGCUGCGCGGGUUGGUACGCGUGCUGAACCGCUCCUUCGAGAAGGCGGUGCACGUGCGGGCCUCACACGACGGCUGGGCUUCCUUCUGCGACCACCCAGCGCGCUACGUCCCGCGCAGCCCGCCGUGGGCAGGAGCGGGAGGAACAGGAGCAGGAGAUCCCAUCCUGGAUCCGGGGCUCGGCCCGGGCCCCGGCCAGGCGUCCGCCACCUCGCCCGACGACGGCGGCCGCACUGACCGCUUUGCCUUCCAGCUGCCCUUUGCUGAGGGCGCGGGCGAUGGGGCGCGCCUCGACUUCGUGGUGCGCUAUGAGACCCCCGAGGGCACUUUCUGGGCCAACAACCACGGCCGCAACUACACAGUCCUGCUCCGGAUCGCACCCGCUCCCUCACCCGCUGAUGCGGAAGGGCUGCCCCAGCAGCAGCAGCUGGAGCCACAGCCCGAGUGCCAGGGUCCCGUGGAGGCUGAGGCCAGGCAGCUGAAGAGCUGCAUGAAGCCGGUGAGGCGCAGGCCUGCUGAGGAGGAACUGAAGACGAAGAACAUGGAUGAUGACACCCCUGCCAUGGCAGAGCAUCCUGAUGUCCAGGAGUCAGUGGGUCCACUGGUGGCCCCCACCCCUCUCCGUCCGUGGCCCCAGAUGACACUUCAGGUGUCUGAUGUUCCGAUGACUGUCAACCCCGCAGAAGAAGGUGACGUCCCCAGAAGCAGUCCUCCUGUGGCUUUUACAGAAGUCCUCCAGGCACCGGCCAUCAGGAUUCCCCCCUCCUCCCCUCUCUGUGGCCUGGGUGGCUCCCCCAGAGACCAGGCCUCAGGGCCCGAUGCGAGCGAGGGAGCCACCGGGCCUUUCCUGGAGCCCAGCCAGCAGCAGGCAGAGGCCACAUGGGGAGUAUCGAGCGAGAAUGGAGGGGGGCUGGAGGCCGUGAGUGGGUCGGAGGAGCUGCUCGGUGAGGACACCAUUGACCAGGAGCUGGAGCAGCUCUACCUGUCUCACCUGAGCCGCCUACGGGCUGCUGUGGCUGCGGGUGGGGCAGGGGGUGGUGGGGAGGGUUCCACAGAUGGAGGGAUAUCCCCCAGCCAUCCCCUGGGCAUACUGACGGACCGCGACCUGAUCUUGAAGUGGCCUGGCCCUGAGCGGGCCCUGAACAGCGCCCUGGCUGAGGAGAUCACACUGCACUAUGCCCGGCUGGGGCGUGGCGUGGAGCUCAUCAAGGACACCGAAGACCCUGAUGAUGAGGGGGAGGGUGAAGAGGGGCUCUCUGUCAUACCCUCCAGCCCAGAAGGGGACAGCCCCAAGGAAUCGCCUCCGGAAAUCCUCUCCGGGGCCCGUUCUGUGGUAGCCACUAUGGGAGAUGUGUGGCUCCCAUGGGCAGAGGGCUCAGAAUGUGACGGCCCUGUGGUUCUGGGUACAGAGGGUCAGUUCACUGGGGAUCCUGAUAAAGGGAUGGGCAAGGACACUAGCUCUUUGCACAUGAAUAAGGUGAUAGCUGGGGUGACCGAGUACCUGGGGGAGGCCGGAACAGAAGCCCAGAUAGAGGUCACCAGUGAGUGGGCAGGCAGCUUUGAUCCCAUAUCUGGCAAGGAGCCAGCCUCUCCCGUCCUUCUGCAGGGGCAAAAUCCCACCCUCCUCAGUCCUUUGGGGGCCGAAGUCUGUCUCUCUAGCAUAGCCAGGCCUCAUGUGAGCUCCCAGGAUGAAAAGGAUGCAGGCCCAAGCCUUGAACCCCCAAAGAGGUCUCCCAACCUAGCAGCCCCUGCAGAAUGUGUGUGUGCACUGUCUCCUCAGCUCCGGGGGCCCUUGACCCAGACUCUGGGGGUCCUGGCCGGGCUAGUGGUGGUCCCUGUGGCUCUGAACAGUGGUGUGUCCCUCCUGGUGCUUGCGCUGUGCCUCUCUCUGGCUUGGUUCUCGUAGGCUCUGCUUGUGGGAUCAGCAGAGGCUUGAGAUGGGAUACAUGGCCUGUGCAGUGAGGGGACCUGGGUCCUUUGCUUCUGAGAAUGCUCUACUGAAAGAGAGGCCCUCCCAUCCCCAAGCUCUCCAGUUAACACAGGGCUCCCUGUGGAGACACCAGUGGAGACGAGGGGAUGGGUAGAUGGUGUGAGUGAGGGGAACUUUUAGAGUGGAACUGGGCAUGUCCUCCCCCUACCCCCUGAGCCUGUAUUUAUUUUUGUAUAAUUCUCUGGACGAGGGAGAGUGGUCGUGAGCUGGUCUUGGGGCACAAUUACCCAGAGAUAUAUUUAUUAACAGCCAACCUGUGCAACAUGCUGGAGCUUUAUUUUUAAUUUAAUUUAUAUAGAGUACCUAUUAUUAUAUGCCACAAUAGAGCUCUAUGAGAAACAGUGUCUUGCGGUGUAGUGUUCUCCUGUUUGGGCAUGAGUGUGCAGGGUGGUCACUUUCUGUGGGAGGACCACAGUGGGGAGUUGGGGGUGGGAUGUGGUCUCCUGCUGCUGCUUCAACAUGUCUGUCCUUGAAGAUCUGUGUCUCCUCACCUCGUGGUCCUAAUCCAUAUGGUUCUUUGUCUUUUCCACAUUCUGCCUGUGGGACCCUACAGGUGUGUGUUUGGAUGGUGGUGGUGGGAGCCAGGGAGGAAGAGUGGCAGCCACAUGAGAGUUUGGUGUCAGUCACAUGGUUGCAGUGGUACCUGUGGUCUCCUGUGGAUGUGGGAACAUCAGUUGUGAAUCAGCCACAAGGUUUUGAGGUUACUGAAAAAACAGCCUUUGACACCAGCAGGGAGACCCCUUAGCCCCUGAGAUAAGGAAGGCCUCAGAAACGAAAGAGGAGUUAACGUACUGUAGUACUUUGUAGCACAGUCGUUGUCCACAGACAUCACAUUUCUGCUAAAAACAGGAAGCCCAGAAGGUUUGAAAGAUAUAUAUUUAUUGCAUGCAAAUAAAAAACUGCUCAACAAAAUAAAA